GACGCAUUAAAGAAUGUCGAAUCAUACGAACUUCGGGCACGAAUUCAUAAACACAGAUAAAUAAUAAUUAUUCACAGCAAGUAUAGCAAACGCAUUUGCGACUGAAAAUUCGGCACAAUCACUUCGAACUUUCUCAUAAUUUAUAGUGUUUAUAAGGAAUUAAAUUUAUCGCACGCAUGUUUGUUUUGUCUUAAAACCAAACAAUGAAUUACAUGGCGGUUGUGCUACUGUCAUUGGCUAUUAUAGGCUUUGUUGCCAGUAGCCCCUUGACAAUUAUCUCUAGCAAUAAUUUGGGUGCCAAGCAAUGUACGUGGGGCCCCAGCUUCUGGUGCGGAAACUUGACAAAUGCCCGGCAAUGUGGUGCUGUCAAGCAUUGCAUACAGUCAGUUUGGGAACACCAGACGGUUAAAGAAGAUAACGACUCUGUAUGCCAAAUAUGUGUUAAAAUGGUGAAAGAAGCCAGGGAUCAGCUGGAGAGCAACCAGACACAAGAUGAUCUUCGAGCUGUCUUUGAAGGAUCCUGCCAACUAAUACACAUCAAGCCAAUUGUAAAAGAAUGUAUAAAACUUGUUGAUGACUUUAUACCCGAAUUAAUCGAAGCCCUAGCUUCUCAAAUGAACCCACAAAUUGUUUGCUCAGUUGCUGGCCUGUGCAACAGUGAAAGAAUUGAUAAAAUGCUAGCUCAAUCUUCUAGAGAAAGUGUUGAAGUCUCAAAGCCUUUGUCUUGUUCAAAUUGCUAUGUGGUUGUAAGUGACCUGGAGAACAGAUUCAAAUCUAAACGUCCUUAUGACAUUAUGACAAGUAUGUUACAAAUAUGCAGAGAUAUGGGUAGCUUUUCUGAUGCUUGCUCUAAUACAUUACUGAAAUACUUUAACAGUAUUUAUGAACACCUGAAUAGUAACUUCAAUUCAGAAAAUAUAUGUCAUGUAGCAGGAGUUUGUGCUGAUAGAUAUCACACUCAUAAAAAGGACAAGGAUAUAGAAAUAACUCCAUUGUCGGCAGUGGGUUUUGUUGAUGUAGGAGAUGACAUUCCUUGCGAUUUGUGUAAACAAUUAGUCCAUCAUUUGAGGGAUAUUCUGAUUGCCAAUACAACAGAAUCUGAAUUUAAAUAUGUCAUGGAAGGAUUGUGUAAUCAAACUAAAGGAUUUAAAUCAGAAUGUUUAAGUUUAGUUGACCAAUAUUAUGACAAGAUUUAUGACUUUUUAGUAAAUAAUAUUGACGACGCGGACAUUUGCUUUUUGGCAGGAAUAUGUCCUAAGGGAUCUUUGAAUGCUUCAAAACAAGUUCCAAUAUGGCCAUUGUUAUCAGUCGAGAUUUCGGAACAAUUAAUGAAUUCAGACAAAGUUACAGAAUCUCACCGUAAAAAACUCCUAGGUAGUAAUGAACCCAAGUUUACUGCUGAAGAAAUUCAUGCUAUGCAGUUACCUGUGAGCAGAUUAUUUGUUCCGUCUUUCACUGAAAUUGAUAAUUCACAUCCUGAGCUUUGUACUUUUUGCGAAUAUUUCUUACACUUCGUUCAAGAAACUAUAACCUCACCAACAAAUGAGGAAUCUAUUAAGCAAGCCAUUGAACGAGUGUGCUUAAGACUACCAAAUGGUGUUCAAGCUCAAUGUCGUGCCUUUGUUGAUACAUAUGGAGAUGCCUUUAUUGCCAUAUUUGUGCAAGAAUUAGAUCCAUCGCAGGUGUGUCCCAAGUUAUCUUUAUGUCCAAAUAAAGAAGUUGAAGUGUUUGAACAAGAAGAUACCAGAGACAAACCAACUUGUCCUAUGUGUCUAAUGGCUAUGUUUGAAUUAGAAGAGAAGCUUAAGGAGGAUAAAACCAAGGCAGCUGUUGAGCAAGCACUAUCUGGAUUAUGCAAUCAUCUUUCUGAUCAUCUGAAACCUGCUUGCUUAACCUUAGUAAAUACUUAUUAUAAUCAAUUAGUUGAAAUGCUGAUGGCUGAUUUUAAACCACAAGAAAUUUGCGUGUACCUAAGAUUAUGCCAUGAUAAGAAUCCCGACUUAAGUGAAUUGGAUAUUUUGUUGACAAAUGAAAUAUUGGACACCACAAUUAAUGGUCAAACCAUACAGGUUGCUGUUCAAACAAACUUAAUUCCUGAAAAAUUUUCUGACAAACCGCAAUGUAUCAUGUGCGAAUUUAUAAUGAAGCAGUUAGAAGAUGAGCUCAAAGAUAAGCGAACAGAAGAGGACAUAAUUAAAUUAGUGAACAACGUGUGCAAGGCGAUGCCCAGAAAUGUAAAGCCAGAAUGCAUUCAAUUUGUGCAUAAAUAUGGGGAUUUGGUAAUACAAUUGUUGAUUCAAGCCUUACAACCAAAUGAAAUAUGCUCCUUGCUUGGCCUUUGUAAUUCCUAAUUAAUGAAUAUAAAAUGUGCUGUAAAUUGAUUAUGCUUAAUAUUUUUUAGUUCAAAAAUCAUAUGUAAGUUUAAAAGUUUAAAAUCAUAUGUAAGU